CAGAUAUACAGUAUAACAUGAGUUACAUACACCUGUUUAACUUACUAAAAUGUUCAUAAUUGUAAUUUAGCUCCAUUCUCUAUAAAGAAGUGAAGUAGUUGAUUGCUUUGAACAAUGUCACACUCAAAGAGAUCAGUAGAGCCGGAAAAUGUUGAGUUGACGUCAUAUUCCAUGGCGGAGUUGAAGCCUGAGAACAAUCAAGAAAAUCCUGCUGUGUCACAGCCUGCUGAGUUGAAGGUUGAACCACAAGAUUCCAUGCAAGGUGUACAAAUAAUUAAGAUAUUUCAGUCUCCAGUAUUACCUUAUCUUCUUCAAUUAAAUAUUGUUUUAAAACAACUUUGUAUGCGAUUUGCCCAUUUCACAUCUUUUCAUGUUUACAUUUUUUAUCCUUCCUUAUCUUGGUGCAUUAAAAUAUUUGAAUAUAUGGAUCAUAAAAAAUGCAUCAGAAUAAGAAUGAUAAAAACUGACGAAAAUGCACGAGUCGUGAAAGACGUAUUAAACAUCUAUAAUUUUCACUUUGUAGUCAAAGGUCUAAAGAACAUAAAUUAUUCUGCUUUCAUUAUUAAAUCAUAACAUUUCUAAGGGGCCGAUUACAUGGAGCAUUUUCAACCCCGGGGUUGAACUCAGCCCUGUUUACCGAGUUGAAAUUUCAGCCCUGUCUGUAAUACAAAACUCUAACUUACAUGACAAAAUUUUCAACCCAGGCCUGCUUCAGCUAGCAGGGUUCAAAUUUCAACCCCGGGGUUGAACUCAGCCCUGCUUUGAAAAUUUUGUCAUGUAAUCGUUUUAACCCAGGGCUGAAAUUAUCAUGACUUGUUCGAGCAUACGUGGUAGUGACUAUUUAUUACAAGAAAACAAAAUAAAGGCUUUUUUUACUUCCGGGAAUCGAUGCCGAGAACGUAUAGUAUAGCGUUUCAACCCCGGGGUUGAAAUCGUCCAAAAAUUCGCAAAAAUCGUCAAUAAUGAUAGGCAACGAAUUGUUAAACCAAUAUACCAAUAUAAUUAUUAAAUAAUUUAACAGGAAUCUAUCGUUCGCACCAACUGGGUGGUAAGUAUAGUAAACAGUUGCAGAUAUUAUGCACUCUCCAGGGCAUCGUGUAGUUCUUAGGUAAGCCCGUAAAACGUCCAACUUUGGAUGACAUAAGUUUGUGAUAGCCUGGACUUUCAUUGAAUUGUUGAUGCAAAUCUAUACUCCACCGUGAACGUGCAAUCGUCGCAAAAAAUUUCAACCCGGUUAACAGCGCUGAGUUCAACCCCGGGGUUGAAAGUUCUCCAUGUAAUCGGCCCCUUAAAGUUUGAAUAUGCAUGUUUGCAUACAUAAGCAACAACAACCAAAACAGUGAAUGAUAUUUUGCAAACCAGCAUUAGCGCUAAUCAAUCUUAUACAUAACUUCAUAAGGCAGUUCAGAAGAAUAAUUUUUGAAAUUUUAAAAUGCAUGCUGUGUUGUUGUUGUUGAACGUUGUUGUAAAAAAAAACACCACGUGUGAUAUUUAACAAAACAUUCGAUCUGUAAGAGUAGUCAGUACAAAUAGAUUAAGGAUUUAAGGUAUGCGGAUCUAAAGCUUUGCUAAAUACAAUGAACGGUCGUAAACAUGUUGUUCUCCAUAAAAAUAAAACAAACAUAUUAUCGAGGUGCAAACCUACCUUCUACAAAGAACUUAUUACUUAAUAUUGCUGUCUUUUAUGUGUAGAAAUUCCUGAAAUUGUUGUACAUCCCAGCAAGGAAGAAACACCUCGCGAAAUUCCAGGAAAGAAAAGUUCAGUUCAACCACCAUCACCCUCGAAGUCUCCGACUGGACACGUGGAUAAAUAUAGCCAUGACGUACUGUAAUAUUAUUUUAUAUUUCUCGUUUUGUAAGAACGGAGCUGGUAAUAUCCGAUAUUUUGAUGAGAUAUUAGUUCAAUGAUUAGUACGUACCCACACAAUCUAAUACACAUUUUCGAUAAUGACGUCAUGACUGCUUCCUUGGCCUGAGAGCUUCGCUUCCGUAAAUCAACACGAACGGCUAUUGGUUGAGCAUUAACGGACUUUCAUUUCCUAUCAUGGCUACACGUCUAUUUUUUAAACGGGUUUAUGAACCCUUAAACACCAAUAGCAGUAAAAAUUGUGAAUACCAACUUAUACUUCUAAAACAAUCCAUACAGUAUUUAAGGAAAAGAUAUCCAGAAAAAACGACCUCAGUGUAUGCCAGAAUAUAUGUAAAAAUUCAACUUUCAAUUUUUUAAGGUUUUUAUCGAGUUACUGGAACUGGACUGUAGCGGUCUAUACUGGAAGGAAAAGGCCAGAUGGAUAAAAUAUGAAGAAAAUAUUGAGCCGAGUGGGAACUGGGGACGACCAUUUCUUUCUUAUAUUGAUUGUGAAAGUUUACGUCAACUGAGACGCCGUCUGGAAAAGGGUAAAGUUUCACAUCCGAAUAAUUUAUACUAUAGAUUCUGUUUCGUUUCGUUAUAUUUUCAUUUGAUUCAUUAUACUUGAAGUAAACUAGUGUAAAUUAAUGUGAGUAGUUUUAAACAAACAAACUUUGUUCAAACAGAGCUACCAAUACUGCUACAUAGAAUAUAAAACAUAUUAAAUUUACAGAAAGACUAGAUCAAAAAAUAUUAAUAGAAUUAUACUAGUUAUAAUGGCCAAUUGCAUGUUAGACUAAAUUUUAAUCUAAGUAAAGAGAAGGGAAUCAAACACCACAGCAAGAAAGCACAUAAUGGAAUUAGUAAAAUUGCAAAAUUUGGUUGCAAAAUGUUAUAAAGCUUGUGAAAAUAUAGUCUUGCAAAGUUUACACAUUUUGUAUAUGUUUGUAUUACGUGCGGAAAUUAUGACCAUUUUUAGCUCAAAAUGGUAACAAUUUCCGCACGUAAUACAGACAUAUACAAAAAUACAAAUUUCGCAAGGCUAUAUCUUCCGUAUUUUACAACAUUUCGUAACCAAAUUUUGUAAUUUUGCCAAUUUUAAUAAGUUCUUUACGGGAAUUUACUUGUUUUGCCUUGACAUCGUAACAAUACUUGGCAACCAAUAUGUCUCCACGGAUUUGUCUUUCAUUGCAAUAACAUACAUAAACAAGUCAUGAUUAUUAAUAAUCACCGCAACGAGUGAUUUAUUUGGUUCAACUUAUAGAUGAAUUCGAAGAAAACAGAACGAUUAAAAAUGCCUGGAAAACGCCAAAAUACUGAUAAAGGAGAAAGAAUAAGAAAUAGAAAAGCAUUGUGUGAAGUAUGAAUUAAAGUAGGUUUGGCUUGUUAAUUUAAUACUUGUGUGUAUUGGUAUAGGUUUGGUGUCACUUGGCAGUAUAAAUGAUGGUGGGUUCGGUAUAUCUUAUACCGUAGCCAACAUGUUGGUACUUGGUGGUCAUGCUGAACCUCGACAUCGUGUUAGACUACGACAAAUCAUGACACUACCUCGCAUGCAUCAAGGAGAGUCAACUUCUCGUUUUCGGAAAAAGGUUCAAUAUCGACGUAAAUUUUUAAGAAUUUUCCUUCAAAAACGAGAAGAAAUGUUUACACAUGCGUGGGAGAUGUCAGAUGAUAAUGAAGUACGCAAUCGUUGGGUGCGACUGGCUCGAAUGGCGUUAGAGCAGCAUUGGAAACAAAACCCUCACGUGGAGAAAGUUAGGGUAAGUAAACUUAAGCUAGCGCCUUGUUAAAACAGGCACUAACGUAUAAACAGGUCUUGUAGAUUAAGAGUCCCGAAUUUCUCGCAGAAGGCUUCUCAAAAUUUACCAGGAAUCUUGUAUCAGGUGG